AGCUUCUUCCUGCUGCCGCAGCCACAUCCAGUGAGGAGACGCCAGAGGAAGCAGGAGAAGACGCUGCAGGAGUGGAGAUACGCGGUGUCUCUAGUGGGAUUUUAUACCGAGCUAAACCCAGUAAGAAGGAGAAAAUACGGAUUUAGUUCCAGAUAUUUGGGAGACAAGAGAGCGCUGGGUGUUUAAACGAAGCAUUCGGGGUUUUUUACCGGCACACAGACGUUAAACGGGGUCGUAAUUCUUCUGGAAUUUAAAUAACCGUCAAACCAAACUGUAAAUCCUUCCUCAUGAGGAAAGAUGGGGAAUGGACUGUCAGAGCAACGCAGCAUCCUGUCAACCAUCCCCGGAUUCCAGUCGUUCCACAUCGCCAUCCUUGGAUUGGACUCGGCAGGAAAGACCACAGUUCUGUACAGGCUGCAGUUCAAUGAGUUCGUUAACACUGUACCUACCAAAGGUUUCAACGCGGAGAAGGUCAAAGUGUCUCUGGGCAGCCAUAAGACCGUGACCUUCCAUUUCUGGGACGUUGGCGGUCAAGAGAAACUACGUCCACUGUGGAAGUCGUACACGCGAUGCACGGACGGCAUCAUAUUUGUGGUGGACUCCGUGGAUGCCGAACGCAUGGAGGAGGCUAAAACGGAGCUCCACAAAAUCGCCAAGACCUCUGAGAACCAAGGGGUGCCCCUGCUGGUGGUGGCCAACAAACAGGACUUGAGACACUCUCUGGGUUUGGACCAGCUGGAGAAACUGCUGGCCUUGAAGGAGCUGGGGCCGGCUACUCAAUGGCACCUGCAGCCGGCGUGCGCAAUCAUUGGAGACGGACUCAGGGAUGGAGUGGAAAGACUCCACGAAAUGAUCCUGAAGAGAAGGAAGAUGCUACGGCAACAGAAGAAAAAGAGAUAAAAAAAAAAAAAAAAGAAAUGUCUCCUCCUGUCACUGACUUUUGUCCUAUUCUUAUGUGAAGGAUUUGUCUACUGUUUGGACGUAAACCUCCCCAGGAGGACCACAUUGGACAUACUGAGUUUUAUCAGUCUAGAAAACUGAGCUUUAGGAUUCUCUCUGAUCGUUGGCUUCUGAUGAUCCUCUCAAAGAGAAAGUGAAACGGUAAAGGAACAGUAUGAAGACAAGAAUAUUGUUGGACGGAUGUGCAUGUGUUACAUGGAGACUGAUAUGGAUUUAAGUGCAAGAUGUGAGGCUCAGAUUGAAGGCUGUCACUUUUUGGUAAAAGUAUUUUCACCAAAUCUUUGAAGAUUUGAAACCUCCCUAAAUGUAAGGGUUUAAUUUUUUCUUCUACCGCAAAUUACAACUGUAGAGAAAUUUAUUGAACGUGUGUUCCAUUAAAAUCAGUUCGAGAAACAAAUUAUUGCAUCUUCAACAUAAGUACCAAGAAUCAUCAGUCAACUACAAGAUGUAGUACCGGGAACUAAAGGGACUUUACACCGGAUUUUUUAAUGGUUGCACAUAAUUAAGAUCUUGUACAAGUUACUCUACAGAGACGAGUUGUACAUACGGAAAAUGGUGCAAUGGAAUAUGCUUUCAGCUACAAAAAAACUCCCAGUUUUUGGGCCUUAAGUAGCUCCUCUUCACAGAUAGGAAUGUUGAGAAAUCCAGGACCUGUGGCAGAGUCACAGACGACUGUUGGUGGACCAAUGAGAAAGUGCCUUUCAAUGUUUUCUUGGUUACCGCAGAUGUACCCAUUUGGAAUGAAAUGGUGACAAUUUGGCUAAAACAAACUACAGGUUAAGUAUAUAGCCCCCUCUGGAGGAUCAAUUGUUAAAACAUACCAUGGGAUAUUUUUGAUUUAUUUUUUUUUUAAACUAAACCAUAAUUCUGUCUGUGGAUUU